CAACUCUCGAGAGUCGAAUCCCUUGAAUUGAAGCUGCGGUUCUCUCUCUGUCUCUGUAACCGCGAGGAGUAGGCCAUGGCUAAAUCAAGCUUUAUGCAUCAGAUAUCAACACCACUGUCGUAUUUCCUUUGGAAUUACCUCCAUUAAUUACCCUUUUGUCAUCGCUUCCUAUAUAUACAAUACAACUUAGAUAUUUAGAUUUGUCUACUUCCUCUUCUUCUUCUUCUUCUUCUCUCUGUGAAUCCAGCACCGCAUGUUGGUCUGGUCGCCUCCUCCUCACUUCAUGAUUGAAGCAGCCACCGCCGCUGCCGCCAUUCCUCCCUCCAUCGCCACCUUAGUUUUGCUGUUUGUUUCCGCUGCGAGAGUCCGUAAUAAUGUCGCAAAAGCGGCAGCCUGAGGACGCCAAGGCUCGGCCUGACUCAAACCCUUCCGACGACAAGCGUCGGAAGGUCCCUUCUCUCAAGAGUGUGGUCAUGGAGGUGAUGAGCCUGCGCAAAGUCCAGCUUUACAUGGAACCAGUUCUGGAGCCCUUGAUUCGUAGAGUUGUAAAAGAAGAAGUUGAAUUGGCUCUAAGAAAGUAUUUGUCUAGUAUGAAGCGGAAUUGUGGGAAAGAGAUUCAGUCUUCUGAAUCAAGAAGCCUACAGUUACAAUUUAUACCAAAAAUCUCUCUUCCUGUAUUCACUGGAAGCCGAAUUGAAGGAGAAGACUUAAACACCUUAAAAGUGGCUUUAGUUGAUGCUCUUACAGGACAAGUUGUUUACUCUGGGCCUGAAUCCUCAGCAAAGGUGGAAAUAGUAGUGCUUGAAGGAGAUUUUGAUAGUGAAGAAAGAGGCAAUUGGACACUUGAAGAAUUUAAGAAUAACAUUGUUAGAGAACGGGAAGGAAAGAAGCCCCUUCUUACUGGGGAUACUUUAUUUAAUCUUAAAGAGGGUGUUGGUUUAGUAGGAGAGAUUUCUUUUACAGAUAAUUCAAGCUGGACAAGGAGCCGUAAGUUUAGGCUGGGAGCAAGAGUUCUGGAUAACUUUGAUGGGAUCAGGGUAAGAGAAGCAAAGACUGAAUCCUUCAUUGUCAGGGAUCAUCGUGGGGAAUUGUACAAGAAGCACCAUCCCCCAUCUCUGCUUGAUGAAGUAUGGAGGCUGGAAAAGAUUGGAAAAGAUGGAGCUUUCCACAAGCGUCUGACUAGGGAAAAAGUCAACACUGUGAAGGAUUUCCUAACUCUGCUCUAUUUAGACCCUACGAGGCUUAGAAAUAUUCUUGGUACGGGCAUGUCUGCUAAAAUGUGGGAAGUUACUGUAGAACAUGCGCGGACAUGUAUACUUGAUCCUAGGUUAUACUUUUAUCGCCCUCCCGGCUGUCAGCAGAAAACUGGUGUGGUUUUCAAUGUUGUGGGACAAGUGAUGGGACUACUUUCAGAAUGCCAUUAUGCUUCUGCUGAUAAGCUGUCCGAAACUGAAAAGGUUGAAGCCCUUAACUUGAUAAUAACUGCUUUUAAACAUUGGGAGGAUGUAGUCUGUUUUGGAGAUGAGGCCUCUUUUAUGGAUGGUUCAUCACGCUUAUUCAACAAUGGUCUGUUCUCCAAUGCAACUGUGGUGGAGACUUCUGAUGCAAGUAAGAUUUUAACUUCUCGAAAGAUUGGUGGAUAUGAUUAUCCGCAAGCAAGUGCACCUUCCCCGGAUAUCAUGCCAUCCAUUUACUCCAUGGGGGCUAUGAAUGGCUUGGAUGAUUUUGGCCUGCACAACAUUGACAAUAUGGAUCUUAGAUAUGAUCAACCUUUAGAUUUCUCUGGACAAGUUGCAAACUCCCUGAUCUGUGAAACUGAGUCAAUUAGUCGAGUCUUCUGCGGGGAUGAGCAUCUGCAAUAUUUGGAUGCUGAUUGUUCCAUGCCACCCAAUAAUUCAAUGUUGGAAACGCAGGAUGAUCUACAAAGUGCUGUCAAUGGCUUUAUUUUGGCUCGAUCUGCAGCUUUUGCUCAGAAGAGAUGGACGAUGUUAUUCAGUGUGCUGAAGUGGUUCUCGAUAAGGAGGAUCGUGGCUAAAAAAACCCGCAUUAGAGAACUGCAGAGACAUUGUUGAUGGGUGAACCAGAAAACAAAUAUCCCUUCAGAUAACAUAUAUGCCUUUCUAUCAAGUGCUGCCCAAUUGAAAUUGUGUGCAGCUGUAAAGUAGGACAAGGAGUUUCUAACUCCAUGUAUAGAAGUACUAGUUUAUUGAUGUCAUGGCUCAUCUCCAAUUGCUGGAGCUUCGAGCAGGCAUUUUUCUUCAGGUUAGAUUGUAAUUGUGUUGAUGUUUUAAGUAGUGAUAUUAACAUCAAGUCAAGCUCAAAGAUUGAGUCUGUAAAAUGAGCUGCAUGUAGUUCAUUGUCAAUGGAAGCAUUUGUUUCUAGUAACUGUGAAACAUCACUUCCCUUUUUGUUGAA